AUGCAAAUAUUACUUACAGUGAUUGUUUUAGCUAUAAUAAAUUAUAUAGAUUCAGUAGGUUCCAUAAAAACAAGUUUUAUUCGACAACAUUUAGGAUCACGCACACCAUACAGGUUUCGAGCGAAUAAAAAUGAUUCACGAAUAAAAUAUCCAGGCUGCAAAGAUACUAAAAUAUGGAUGGUAAUUCGUCAUGGCACCAGACUACCGAGCCAAAAAGACUUGAGUGCUGUUUCAUCCCUACUUGAAUUAAAGUAUGAAAUUUUAUGGCAACAUGAGUAUGGUAAAGGUCAAUUAACUAAUGAGCAAUUCAAUCGCCUACAAGAGUGGAGAGUAAAUAUUGAUCCCGACCAAGAUAGUUACUUGACGUUAGAGGGUCAAGAUGAAAUGAUAUUAUUGGCUGAAAGAAUGCAGAAACGAUUCCCAAAUGCCAUUAAACAGAAGUAUAGUAAUAAGACAUUUUUAUUCCGCUACACAGCAACACAGCGAGCGCAGCAGAGUGCAAGAUAUUUUACAAAUGGUUUGUUUGAAAAGAAAGAUGCGCAAGAUAUCAUAUUUGCACCAGCUACCCGAGUUGAUCCAGUUUUAAGGUUUUACAAACACUGUGACAGGUGGUUAUCGCAAGUAAAGAGAAAUCCUGAGACUUACAAGGAGACUAGACUGUUUGGUCUUAGUCGACAAAUGAACAAGACGUUGGAGUCCGUGUCGUAUAGACUGGGCCUCAGUAGAGUACUAAGAUUGGAAACUGUGGAGUUAAUGUACAAGUACUGUGGCUAUGAAACGUCGUGGGACAAACAUUACAUAUCGCCGUGGUGUUACGCAUUCGAUGAAGAUAGUAUGCAGAUGUUGGAAUACUAUCACGAUUUGAAAGCGUAUUGGUUGGAUGGCUACGGACAUGAGCUGUCGUAUCGCCAAGCGUGCAUGUCUAUUAAGAACAUGUUCGAGUUUUUUGACAAACCAGACGGGUACCAGUCAAUUUUCAUGUUCAGUCACUCGGGUACUAUUCUGAAGAUUCUGACGCAUAUGAAGCUCUACCAACCAUCGUCUCCACUCCGAGGGGACGCCAUUGUCAAGGAUAGACCGUGGAAACUCUCCGAGAUUGACAGCUUCGCCGCUAAUUUGGCUUUUGUGUUGUUUAGGUGCAAAGACGGUGACCACGUUCUAGCUCUACAUCAAGAGAAAAUAAUCAAGUUACCGAUGUGUAAACAUGAACUUUGUCCACUGAAGCACUUGAAGGAAUAUUUCCAUGACAGCAUAUACAAAUGUGACUAUACAAAUAUGUGUAGUCUUCAACCAAACAGUACAAACAUUCAAGAAGAUAAUAAUUAA